AUGUUUAGCGGAAGCUUCGGUAAUCGGACGUCGAAUCUUUUCGCAUCAUCUACCGCAAAUCCACAGAAUCCUCUGAAUGACAUUGAAGUUCCUUCGCCGCCAGAUGAUACAGUGGAAGCAUUGAAAUUCAAUCCGCAGAUUGCAGGCCAACCGGUAUUUUUAGUAUCGGGAAGUUGGGAUUCAGUAAUUCGCGUAUGGCAAAUUAGUGAAACCGGCCAGUGUGAAGCUAAAGCUCAACAAACUAUUGGAGGACCAGUUAUGGACCUCGAAUGGAUUGAUGAUGGGACCAAAAUUUUCAUUGCAAGCGCCGAUAAGCAAAUACGUUUGUGGGAUUUAGCUUCAAAUCAAAUGGCUGUGGUAGGCACACAUGAUGAACCUGUUAAAUCAUGUCAUUGGGUUAAGUCAACUAAUUAUAGCUGUUUAAUGUCUGGUUCUUGGGAUAAGACUUUGCGCUUUUGGGAUAUGCGGCAGCUACCAAAUCAGACGUCUUUAGCUACGUUACAACUUCCAGAACGAGUUUAUUGUAGCGAUAUGCUUCAUCCAAUGGCUGUUAUUGGACUCGCAAAUCGCCAUAUAAAAGUUUAUCGAUUGGAUGGUGAACCUACUGAAAUCAAGGAUAUCGAAACACCCUUAAAAUAUCAGAAUCGUUGUAUUGCAAUAUUCAAAGACAAAAAUAAUGGCCUGCCGACUGGUUUUGCUCUUGGUUCAACGGAAGGACGUGUUGCAUUACAGUACGUUGAAGCUCCUAAUCCAAAAGACAAUUUUACUUUUAAAUGCCACAGGUCGCCUGAUCUCAUCAACGGAUAUCAGGAAAUAUAUGCAGUGAAUGAUUUAGCAUUUCAUCCUUCAUAUGGCACUUUAGUUACUGUUGGGUCUGAUGGAAAGAUUUCAUUUUGGGAUAAGGAUGCCCGAGCAAAGUUAAAAAUAUCGGAUGCUUUGCCUGCACCAGUAACAAGGGUUACCAUUCAUCCAUCAGGACAAAUGAUGGCUUAUGCCAUUGGUUACGAUUGGAGUAAAGGGCAUGAAGGACAUAGUUCAGUGAACGCGGGUAGCAAGAUAUUCUUGCAUGCUUGUGAUGAAGAUAUGAAACCAAAACCAAAAAAAUAA